GCUAGAUUGCCCCUAGCGUCUUCCUUCCAUAUCCGGGUCAAAGCUAAUAUUUCCACUGUCUUUUUCUUUGCUCUUUGGAGUAUUUUCAUCUUGUAUAUCUCCAUGUAGUUUUUCUUUCACGUCCUUCCAUGGAAUAUUAGCAAGCCUGAAGUUCUAUCUCGGAACUCUGGAGAUAUUGAAGUUCUGAGCGCUAAUAAAAAUGACUUACUCCCCAGGCGAGCGGCCCUCGCUCCGGCUCUAUCCGAAAUUACCCGUGUGGGUGGUGGAAGAUCACCAGGAGGUUUUGCCUUUUAUAUACCGAGCUAUUGGCUCAAAACAUCUUCCUGCCAGAAACAUAACUUUUGUUCAUUUUGAUUCACAUCCCGACCUCCUUAUUCCUGUGAAUAUGCCAGCAGAUACUGUAUUUGACAAGGAAGCUCUCUUCGGGGAGUUGAGUAUUGAGAACUGGAUUAUGCCUGUAGUUUAUGCAGGUCAUUUUUCUCAUGUAAUAUGGCUCCAUCCGUCAUGGGCUCAGCAAAUCAAGGAGGGCAAACAUUGUUUUUUAGUGGGCAAAGACACCUCCACUACAACUAUCAGGCUUACAAGUACAGAUCAUUACUUCUUAAGUGAUGGUCUUUAUGUCUCAGAAGACCAACUGGAGAACCCAAAGCCUUUAGAAUUGGAUGUAAUUCUGGUAAAUCCUUCCCAACUGGAUAUCAGUCAAGAGGAAACUGGAGCAGUGCCUUCUGCCAAGAGACUGAAGCUAGUUGCAGAAGAGUCACAAAGCACUUCAUUGAUGAACUGUUCUACCUCAGAAGCACUGUGUCCAAACUCAAAAGCAGAAAGGAUGAAAAAGGAUACAGGAUCACAAUUGGCUCCUCAAACUUCCACAACAUCAGCAAUUUCAAAUUAUUCUGAAAUUCAAGACUGCCAAACUAGAGCCAGUGUUAGGGAGAUUCUCCAGAUUCUGAAGAAAGGAGAUGCCUUUGUUUUAGAUAUUGACUUGGAUUUUUUUUCAGUCAAGAAUCCCUUCAAAGAAAUGUUCUCUCAGGAAGAAUACAAACUCUUACAAGAACUAUACAGUUUUAAAAAGCCAGAUGCAGACUUGACAGAGGAGAGCUUGGUAGACUGUGUGGAAGGUCGAAUUCAUCAACUAGAAGAUUUAGAAGCUGCAUUUGCAGAUUUGUGUGAUGGUGAUGAAGAAGAAACAGUACAAAGAUGGGCUUCAAAUCCUGGAAUGACAUCCUUAAUUCCACUUGUUCAGAGUUUGAAAAACCGGACAGAAACUCCAGACUAUGAGAUGGUCCAUCAAGCUGGUCUGACCUGUGAUUAUUCUGAGCUUCCUCACCAUAUCAGCACAGAACAAGAAAUUGAAUGUCUUAUACAGUCUCUAAAAUAUUUACUAAAAAACUUACCGAAACCUACUCUUGUGACCAUUGCCCGGUCAAGUUUGGAUGACUACUGUCCUUCUGAGCAAGUUGAUACUAUUCAAGAAAAGGUCCUUAAUGUACUUCAUACUUUGUAUGGGAAUCUAGACAUUCAUUUGGAGUAUUCAGCCAAUUCACCACCAGCUUAAAAGGAAAAACAAAUUCCUGUUACAUUUAAAAAAUGUGUUAGCAAUUUUUCCUUAAUUCUCCCAUGAAGCUUCUUAAAAUGAAUAUUUUCAUUGCUUAGAAACUUAAAAUUUAAAUUUUUUCCAGUAAUUUCCCCCCCCCCCCCCCGAGGCAGUUGGGGUUAAGUGACUUGUCCAGGGUCACACAGCUAUAGGAAGUGUUAAGUGUCUAAGAUCAGAUUUGAACUCAGGUCCUCCUGACUUCAGGGCUGGUGCUCUAUCUACUGUGCCACCUAGCUGCUCUCUGAAGUAUUUAAAUGCUAUGUAUUGAUAAUUACCUCAUCAGAGGAUUCUAAUAUCUAAUCUUCAGUCUUCAUCCAUCAAGCUAUUGAAUAGCAAGUAUGUCAGUGUAUAGAGUAACUCUUUUUAUCAUAUCUUUUUGUCUGUCCUUUCUCUGUCUCCCAUGGCUCUUUCUAAUCCAAUCCCAUUUUUUUCAGAUCUGCAAUGUGUAAAGUAAAAUGGACCUUACUUACAAGACUAAGAGCUAGAUGGGGCCUUCAUCAUAGUUAUCAUGAGUUCAAAGAGGCCACAAGAAAAUUCAGAUUUGUGGUUGAUGGGAAGAACAAAUACUUACGUACAGUUGCAAUACAGUAUGAUUUAUAAAGAAGAUUCAUAUGUAUAUAUUUUAGCAUAUGAACCAAGCUCAUAUGGAGAAAAAGCAGUUCUUGAAAUAGUAAGCCUUUUACUGAAGGUUUAAGUUCCUUAGAAUUAUAUGAUUCUUAAUGGCAUAAACCCUAUUGAUAUUUGUAAUGUUUAAUAUUAUGCACACAGUAGGCAAAUUUAUGAAGAAUAAUGCAAAAAAUUAAAUUGAACAUAGUAUCAUAUGUGAAAGAAGAAAAACUCAACAAUUUUUGCCCUUCCAUUGAUUUUCUGAAUGCCAUAGUGUUUGGUUUUUCAUUGAUGUUAUUUUUUCUUUACUAUGAAUACAUAUUUUGUCAUUUAUAGAUAUUUUGGAGAUCUUAGUACAUCAAGAAUAGGGGGAGUUGAAUGAAUAUCACAUACUAAUAGGUUAACACUUAGAAAAUAAAUUCAAGAAUUAUUGGAAAAAUUAGUUAGCAAUUACAAAUGCAAAAAACAAAAAUUCUAAUAAACUUUCCACCCUUGAUGUGUGUUGACAAUUGGCCAGAAACACACAAAAACUUUUUUUCUCCAUAAAAACAAGAGAAUACUUGACACUUGACACAUCCACAUCUUAAGAAGUUAAGUCUUCCAUCUGUGAUUUAAUAAUUAGCAUUCAUUAGAAAAGACGUGUCCUUUUUUUUGGACUUGUCUACAAUUUUAAAAAUAUUUUACAAGAAAUCUUCAGCAAUAAAUCUUUUAUACUCUUUGUCUACCCUAAUAAUCUGUUCCUCAAAUUUCUUUUCAACAGAUCUGACAUGGGUAGCAACUCUACCAUUUCUAGGAAAAACUAAGUUGUAGCUCACUUGUCUUCAGUUGUCAUUUGAAACAUCACCUGGUGUGGCUAUUGAAUGUUAUCCAGUUCCUCCCUGAGGUCCUCAUUAACUCUACUUUCAAUACUUUCAAGUAAAUGUUUAUGUUUAUUCAGGAAGUCUACUUCAGUGGCACAUUUUCUAUGUUUCUCUUCAGCUUCUCUAGUUUCUUGUUAGCUAAAUUAAGAUCGUUCAGUUUUUGGAUAAAAUCACUUAACAUUUUUUUUUCAUUACUCUUCUUUUCCCAUUGUGUUCAUCUGGUCUAGGGUCUCUUCUGAAUUUAUAUUUUUAUGCGGAACUUUGCGUUCUUCAUUUUGGUUCAGUGGUAUACACAUUUGAAUCCCAUAUUGACAAGAGAAUUUGCACCAGCCUCAGGAUUAAAACUUAAUUUCAAAGUCAUAACCUUGAGAAUUUUCCAUACACGUUGGAAUAAGUUUUAAUUUUUAAUCAUUUGUGAUAUUCUGCCAGUUAUCCUUCAGUUGCAUCUUUGCUUCUAGCACAUUUUUGUCCUUCAUCUCAUAACUGCUUUUGUUUUGUUUAUAGUUUUGUGGCUAAUUUUUUUUUAGGUUUUGUUGGAAUUGAUUUUUUCAUAAUAUAUUUUCUCUUUGUUGUCAGUUGAUUGAAUAUCAUUAUUUUGUAGCUGUACUUGGUUUAUUAUUUCUAAUUCUAGUUCUGCUGUAGAGCUUAUUUAUUGAGACUAUUUAAUUUCUGGUUAAGAUUCCAAAUUAUUUAUAUUUUCGUUAUACUUUUCAACAUUUGCUUCUAAAGAUGCUUUAAGUUUUCUUAAUGAUAGGGAACUCAUUAGACUUGUUUUUCCUUUUUCUUGUUCUAGUAUUGCAAAUUUUUCAAUUAGCCUUUUUUUUUUCUGAAUGUAAGAAUUCUGUGACCUUUCCAAUAUUCUUAUAUCUUAAGGUUAAGAUAGAUAAAGGAGGCUGGGUUCAAAGAGGGAUCCUGGAGUCCCCAACAGUCAAUACCCCAGGAAAAUACUAGCCUUGCCACCUAAGACUUAUCUUCCUAUGAAUUCAAAUUCAGUUUCUGAUAUUGACUGUGUGUGUCCGGAUAAGUCACAACUGCCUCAGGUUCCUCAUUUAUAAAAUGAGCUAGAAAAGGAAAUGGCAAACCACUUUAGUAUCUGCCGAGAAAACCCCCCACAGAGUCAUGAAGAGUUGGAUAUAACUGAACAACAAUUAAUGUCCAGAAAAAUUAAGUCAUUUUUGCAAGGGCACCUACCAAAACCGGAGAUUGAGCCCAUUUCAACUGACCCCCAAAGGACUGGAGUAACUCUUUCCAUUGUUCUGUACUGCUACUUUUAGCUUUAUCAUUAUUACUUAAAAAAUAUUUCUAAACUCUUAUUUUUUAAUGUUAUUUAGUGGGGUGUCAUUUUAAAAAAAGAAGUCUGACCAGUCCAUGACACCUUAAUUUACCCUCUCAUAAUGGUGUUGGUUACAUGGCUCAAAUUACAAGUCAGUCUAUCCGUUAUGAUGGGAAAGAGUUAAUUUAAAUUUUUAUUGAGUUUUUCAUUGUGUCUGAUUCUUCAUGACUCCUUUUGAGGUUCUGGACAAGUUAUUAGUGCAAUUUGACAUUUCCUUCUCUAGCUCAUUUUACAGAUGAGGAAAGUCAGGCAGAUAGUGUUAAGUGAAUUACCUAGGAUUGCAUAGCUAGUAAGUGGCUAAGACUGGAUUUAAACUCAGAAAGAUAUCUGAUGAUGAAGAAUAAUUCCAUGCCCAAUGCUCUAUCCAUAGACUGAAUGAAAUUUAUCUAUCUUUGAGAAAGCAUUUAAGGAACCACAUGACCAUUAGGUUUUCAUUUUGAAUGUGUUAUUAAAAAUUAAUAGAGCUCUUGCAAAUAAUAUGGUGCCUUUAAGUAUAAAUAUUAGGGAAUAAUCAAGUAAUAUCAGUGAACACCCAAACAUACCAUGGUUAAGUAAUCAUCAGAUAAUUUACAAGUUAGUGUCCUGUCAUGAAAUGUACCUAGUGUUAACAUAAAGGUCACAUUUUAUUCCUGCUAUUUUUCUGCCUUGUUAACAAUCAAAUCUUUUCAUUUUCACAUCUCAUUCUGGGAAAGCCAACUGAGUCAAAACUGUUCUAUCAUUACUCAAUAAGAUGUUAUUCAAUUACUCAUCUAUCUGACUUAAACCACAGUAUCUUUUUUUGGCUAACACUGCCCUUUAUUUGUUACCUUCUGUUACAAUAUAAAUUCACAACAAAAAUCUUUUUUUUUUUUCAUGUUGUAUCCACUGUGCAUGGCGCAUUGUAUGAGCUUAGUAAAUGUUAGUUAUGUUUUGUUUUGUUUUUUCCUAUUCAAAGUGAAUUGUUUGAAAUUUGGAAGAUUUGGGUUCUAGUUCUACCUCUGAACUUAUUACCUAGUAGUCCAUGAGCAAAUCAUUUACUCUUUUUAAGCCUUAAUUUCUUCAUCUGUAAAAUGAGGAUCUUAGUAUCUAGCUUCUUUUAAACUUGGCUGUAUUACCUUGGUUACUUCUCUGACUUCUCCAUUAUGCUCCAGAAAACUCAUUAUCAAUCUGGGUACUCUUUUCACCACCCAUUAUUGCCUUCUCAUUGAGGGGGUGAAGCCAUGAACUCCACAACUUCCAUUUAAGGAAAAAGUUUAACCGAAAAAUUCUCAUGUCUCACAUGGCUGAACUAUUUUAGGCUAUCUCUGACUUCUCACCAUGCUCCAGAUUAUUGAAUACUUUAAACACAACCCUGUUUCAGUUUCCUUUUGUCUGUUGUCUUCAUUAGAUUGUAAGCUUCUUUAGGGUUCCUUGUUUUGUAUUUGUAUCUCUAGUACUUAGCGUAGUGCCUGGCACAUAAAAGGCAUGUGAUGAAUAAAACUAUUAACUCAACUUACAGGUAUUUUGAAGAUCAAAUUGUAUGGCACUUUGCAAGCACUGUAUAAAUUUCAAGUAAUACUCAAUAGUAUUGGUGCUUUUCACACUUUUCCAUUUAUCACAAUCCUUAGACUGCUAUAUUUCCCAUGUUGUAGAAGAUCUUGUGCAAUAGGAGCCUUUCUUAAAAGCAAAUGAUGACUGAGGGUAAAUUACAGUACUAUUCCAAUUCAGUAGAUGGUGCCAUCACCAAACUACAGAUGAUCUUGUUCUCCAGUUACUCUCUUGUUUGAUUUCACAAAGCAGCAACUUUGUCAAAGUCAAAACUGACUUGUUUUCUAUUUUGAUAAAUCAUGUGUUAAGAAAUUUGGGGUGUUUUUACUUUGUGUUAUUUAAAGCCAGGGCUGUGGAAGAAAUCUUAUUUAUUUCUGUUUGGAUACUGUUUUUUUAAGUUCUUAAAAAAGUAUCAUAUAUAGGAAGUCUAGUAAAGGAAAUUUAAUUGAGUAAAUUAUUUUUAUGCAUCAAAGGAGGCAUACUUACAGAGUAUUUUUUUUUUAAAAAACUUAAAUUUAAACUUAUAGGACUAAUAAAUUAUCUUGGAACUUCACUGUUUUGAACUGAUUAAAUGAGUGUUUUAUUCUUUAAUUUUUCUCCUUUAAUAUUAUUAUUAAAUAUUCUUUAAUUGUUCUCCAAAUAACGCUAGUAUCAAAUUAAGGACUAUCUUGGGUGAUACUGAAUAUGAGAAUUACAAGUACUUAAGGUCCUGAAUGGUAGGCCAUUUGAGCCAGCCACAUUUAAUUAGUUUUUCUGUUUUUCACAUAUCUUUUUGUGAUGUUUUUCUUCUUUUAAAAUAAUAUAGUUCUCUCUGGGAGAGAGAGCAGCUCUCUUGGGGGAGAUUUUCUGGAGGCAGCCUUAGUAUCAGUUCAGAUCAAUAAUUACCCCAAACAGCCAGGUGCUUAAAGUUCAGAUCUUUUAUUGUCUCCAUUUUAGCCCUGUUAGCUUAGAGGCCUAUCUCUCUGCUUGGUUCCAAGAGCUCCUUCUGAAUGUCUCCAAAUCCAAAGCUUUGUCCUUCAGUCCUCCAGCCAACCAAGUGGAAAAUGGAAUGGAUCUCUCUUGCCUCGGAGAGAGGGCUUCUGGCUCUCAAUCUCCAAUAUAGCCUGGUUAGCUUUUCUUAGAGGCCUCUCUCUCUCUGCUUGGUUCUAAGAGUUCUUGCAGCUUUGUCCUUUGCUUCUACCUCUGCUUUCUUCAGCCUCCAGAGCCCGCACCAAGUUGAAUCUGUUUUGCCUCAGAGAGGGCUUCUGGCUCUCAAUCUCCCAGAGUGCUCCUCUCUGACCCCGUCAAUGUUCCGAAGUAAAACUACUCAUUCAGAGAGGGCUUCUGGAAUUCACCCUCUCAAUCUAAAUUCACCUCCACUCCCUGUGUAAUUCAGCUGAAUGCUGUCUGACAGCCUCUGUCUGUUUCUUAUAUGUGAGAGAGAGGAAUUGUGGGAUACGAGAGAGAGGGAUUAUGGGUUUCUUCCCAGAGUACUCUCUGGCCCUAAGAGCUUCAAGGGAGGUGUGAAUUCACAGAGUUACAAAGUUUGUGAAUACAAGCAUUGUAUCAAUUAGUUCUACUUAGUACUUUGUUUCAGGUUCUGGCCCAAAACAUCAACUCUAAUGAAUUAGCAGUUUGUAAAGAUUCCAACACCCUUUGCAUCCUUUCCAGUUGUAGAACUUUAAAUCAGAACUUACAGGAAAGACUAUGUCAGUCUUCUCUCUUUUGGCUCUACUUUAAAACUUCUUUUUAAACAAAAUACUCAGUCACUCUUCCCCUCUUGUAAGUUCCUUGACUGUCUUUACUUUUUGAGGGGAAGUAGGAUAUCCCCAAUACUUGGCACACAAGUGCUUAUUAAAAUGAGAAAGCAAUUAACAUACCAGUUUCCUCUAUGAGCAGUCCCUUGAAAGAGAAGAUGUCACAUUUGCUACUUGAACUAGGCCAAUUUAAUACCCUUUUCAAAUCAUCAUUUUGGCAUGUUGGAGAAGAAACUGCACCUCCCCAUAUUUUUACAUACAAAUUAGGUAGCACUUCAUUGUACUUUGAGAUGUGUAAGAAGAAUUAGGAAUUUCAGAGACAUGCUUUAAAGAUUUAAAUAAAAUUCUCAGAUGUAUAACAUUUCUUCUAAAGAAGGCAUUUCAUGUAUCUUUUAUUAAGUACCCCCAAUCUUCGCUGCUUAACAUUUUCUGCUGUAUGUACAAAUUACCCUGGAUUUCACCAGCUAGAAAAACAGGUAGGUUAGAUUUCACUUUUUCCUCCAGGAUUCUGUAGUAUCAUUAGGAGGGUUUGGGAUAUUUAAACUCAUUAAAAGUCAUUUUUAUACAAAUAUUCCAAAAAGUUAUAAUUACAAAUAUACAAACUUAAUCCCCCAAGUCUGGGAACACUCUGCUUCUCCCCAUAUACCAUCUCCACCUCUAGUUAAAGGAAAAGGUUUAGAUUCAUAACUUUACACUUUGAAUAAAGCACAGUUCCAAGUUUAAACCAUACCUUAAACACUUCAGUUUGCCAAAUACCCUAGUUUCUCAAGGUUUUCAUGCUGGGCUCCUGAAAAUGAAUAACAAGGGUAGAAACAAACCCAGACCCUGACCUUUCUUGGAGCUGUUGCUUCUAGAGAGCAAAAAGCCCUUUUCCCUAGUAUAAUUCAUAGCACACCUGCUAGUAAUGAAUUGGGAUCCUUACCCUCUGGACACUUCGAAUAACUACAGCAGAAAACACAGCUCUGUUUUAAAAGUUAGAAGUUUUAAAGAUAUAGACACUUUCUUUCACCCACAUGAUAGGAGAUUCAUAGACCUCUGUGUUUGGUAAUCUAGAAUGCUUCAAAAAAGGCCUCUUAAGGGUGAAUAUAUUAGAACUGCCCAGCCAUGUCCAAGUUAAAUAUAUACAUACAUAACAUACAAAAUGUCAAUCAUAACCAGAAAUCCAUCAACAGUGUGCAAAAACUUAAUGAUAUAUGAUGAGGCAUUCCAAUGAAUGCCUCCAAUGAAUCCAAUGAAUAUUUUUAAAAUUUCAAAAUAUUUUAUCAUAAAAUGCUUUUGGAAAGAAUUUUUUAAAUUUUCACUGACAUCAGUGGAAAAUAAUGUUUGAUAAUAAGUUUCAUGAUAUUCACUGUAUUAUACAUCAAGAGGCAUUGUUCUCAAAAAAUAAUGAAAAUAGACAUGCAAAAUUUUGUUCAUGAAUCAUAUUGGGAGAGAAAAAUUCUUCAGUAUAUUUUUUAUUACUAAGCUAUUGACUCAGUUUUUCUUAUUUUCUUGCAUCACAUUUCUCUUUCCAAUUUUUCUUUUACUGUUUUACUUGAUUUUCAAAUAUUUUUUGAGCUUUUCCAUGGCCUGAGACCAAUUUGUAUUUUUCUUGGAAGCUUUGGAUGUAGGAGCUUUGGCUUUGUUAUUUUCAAUUAUGUAUGUUUUUAUCUUCCUUGUUACCAUAAUAAACUUCCUGUGGUCAGAA